GCCACGAGAAUGAGAACCCAAAAUCUCUCUGACGAAAACCCAUUGUGCCACGUGUCCAUCUCUGAUCCUUGGCCAAAACAUAAAAUCGCCCACCCGUUCAUAAAGCGAACUGAACCUCAAAACGGGAAAGAAGAGAAGAGAACAAAAAAAGAGCAAAGCAAGAAAAGCAAUGGCUUCUCUAGCAACGUUUGCUGCCGUGCAACCAGCAGCCGCCAGCGUCAAGGGACUCGGAGGCAGCUCCAUCUGUGGAACCAAGCUCCAUGUGAAGCCUUCUCGCCAGAGCUUCAGAGCCAAAACUUCCAGCAGGAGUGGUGGUGUGGUGGCAAAGUACGGUGACAAGAGUGUGUAUUUUGAUUUGGAGGAUUUGGGGAACACUACUGGACAGUGGGAUUUGUAUGGCUCAGAUGCUCCUUCUCCUUACAACCCUCUCCAGAGCAAGUUCUUCGAGACGUUCGCUGCUCCAUUCACCAAGAGAGGAUUGUUGCUCAAGUUCUUGAUACUGGGAGGUGGUUCCACCAUUGCUUACUUGGGUUCUACAGUCUCUGGCGACAUUCUCCCGAUCGUUAAGGGCCCUCAGCUGCCACCAAAGCUUGGACCUCGCGGCAAAAUCUAACUUCGUUGUAUGUAUCCAUGUUUAUGUGUACCCUAUUUAGAUGAAGUAUGCAAGUUUGUCCAAAAGUAUACUUUACAAGCCGGUUUCAACCUCAAUUACAUUCGUUCCAGAUGUGAUUUCAGCCUGUUAUUCCAUUGCAUUCUGAUAAGGGUUUGUAAGAUUAGCUGCUGCCGAACAAGUACGACUGCAAGCCGAAUAGGAAAUGAAUCGUAAAAGAGAUUGACAUACUUCACUUACUAAUUGAAUGUUGAUCUAGUAACAAGAAAAAAGAAUGGCAGUAGAGCAUAGGUUUUAAAACUGUUACAUCCCAUGCUCUCCUUAUGUACAGAGUUCACAAAAAUGACAUAGUAAACUCAAAAAUGACAGUGAAAGUUUAUCUUUCUUUGUCAGGCUUUUCUCC